AUGAAGUUCCUCAUUACGCCUAAUUUGCUCGCUCUGAGCCUUCUUACGGCUCCUGGAAACGCCCUUCCGCAUGGCAACGCCGUCGAGAGGCGCUUCGUGGAUACUGCGAACAAGGCCGUUCCGUCCCUCGUCGCAAGAGACUCUCUCGUACGUCGUCAAAAUACAACCUCGAACGCGUUCCAGGGUUUCCCUCGGGCUGCUUCCGUGGCUAGAUCUCCCCAAGAUGCCACCGACAGCAGUGCCAACGAUUUCCAGAAUAUUACUCCCGAAGAAGGCCUCGAGGCAAACCGACAAGCCCUCCAUGUCCGCUACCCAGGCGGCGCCGCCGGAGCUAACGCCGCUGGAGCUGAUGCCGCUGCCGCCGACUCUGCCGCCGACUCCGCUACCGACUCCGCAGCCACCCCUGCCGCUGCUGACCCUGCCGCUGCCGCUGCCGCUGCCAACGCCGCAGCCGCAACCCCAGCAGCAGAUGCCGCAGCAGCCGCCGCCACUCCCGCUGCCGCUGCCGCUGCAGAGACUCCGGCUGCUGCUGAUGCAGGAGCAGGUACCGACAGCCAGGCUGGUGCUGACAGCGGCAACGGCGGAGGCCUUCUAAGUGGCUUGCUCGGUAAGCUCACUGGUGGUGGCGGCGAUGAUGCCGCAGCUGGUGGUGAUGCCGCAGCCGCUGGUGGCGAUGCGGCUGGAGGCGACAGUGGUGGCCUCCUCAGUGGUCUUCUGGGAGGACUGACUGGCGGCGGCGGUGGUGGUAAUGGUGGUGGCCUUCUGUCUGGCCUCGGACUCAAGGACCGCUCUCCUUCGCCACAAGACGGAGGCCUCCUCGGUAACGUUGGUAGCCUUGUGGGAGAUGUGACGGGAGACCUCGGACUGAAGCAGCGUUCUCCUUCGCCGCAAGACGGAGGCAUUCUCGGUAACGUUGGCAACCUCGUAGGGGAUGUGACAAGCGACAUCGGACUGAAAGAACGCGCUCCUUCCCCCCAGGGUGGCAACAACGGUGGACUUCUCGGCGGUGUUGGAAACCUCGUCGGAGACGUGACAAGCGACAUCGGACUGAAGGAGCGCUCUCCUUCGCCCCAAAAUGGUGGGCUCCUUGGUGGUGUCGGCGACCUCGUGGGAGAUGUGAGGGGCGACAUUGGUCUGAAGGAACGUUCUCAAGGCGCUGGUGCCGGCAAUGCCAACGCCGCAAACGCCAACAACAACAACAACGCCGCCAAUGGUUUCCCACAGGUCAACGCAAACGCCGCCGGCCAGAACGCCAGCCUUAACGCAGCCAGCAACAACAACUUUGGCAGGGCAGCACCUCGUGGUGCCAAUGUUGCCGCUGCAAACAACGGCAACUCCACCGCGAACACGAACGAGAACAAGGCGCGGGCCCCGACUCCGAAUUCGAUGUGCACCCGAUCUCUGAAGCUUUUCGAACGUGACCCUAGCAGGGAUCACAUUGCCGCUGCUGCCAUCAACUGCGCUCGGUCAGUGCCGGCCUCCUCCUCGGAGAGCAUCGUUGACGUCCUGAAGAGGGAUGUCAUGAGCCUAAACAAGCGGGAGGCGGAGCUUACGACGGGUACAGCUGCACCUGCCGAUGGUUCAGCCUAG